AUUAUGCUAUCAAAUAGACGUGGAAGGAGAUUCGUGGAAAAAUGUAGUCCAGCCUAACCAUACGCUUUACAAUUUUUACGGUUCAUUGGUUAUUUUUUCAUUAAGUUGGAAAUAAGAAUUAAUAGAGCAGUGAACUGUAAUUUCUCAAUCCUGUCCAAACAUUCACUCAAGAUAAUGGAGUUUUCAUGACGUUUUUGUCACUUCGAUUUCAAGUAGUUUAGUGCGGCAACCUGAACUGUUAUCGUUAGAUUUCUAAAAAACAAUAUGAAUUUCUUACCUUGGUUAUUAAUUAUUUGUACUGUACAAGUAGCUCAUUCUACAUUAUUAGAUGGUAUCUACUGUGGAAGGAAUAAUUGUUAUGAUGUGUUGGAAGUCUCGAGAGAAGCUACGAAACAAGAGAUAGCAAGAAGCUAUCGAAGAUUGGCCAAACAGUAUCAUCCAGAUUUACAUCGAGGCCAAGAAGCCAAAGAAAAAGCUGAAGAACAAUUCAAAAAUAUUGCUACAGCAUAUGAAAUUUUGAAAGAUGAUGAAUCGAGAACUGAUUAUGAUUACAUGUUGGAUAAUCCUGACCAAUACUAUGCUCACUACUAUAGGUAUUACAGAAGGCGUAUGGCGCCUAAAGUAGAUGUCAGGAUUGUGAUAAUCGUUACAAUAAGUAUAAUAUCAGCAAUUCAGUAUUAUAGUGGAUGGCAAAGGUAUGAUGAAGCAAUCAAGUAUUUUAUGACUGUUCCAAAGUAUAGAAAUAGAGCUAUGGAUAUUGCAAAGCAGGAUGGAUUGUUAACUGAUGAUAAGAAAAACAGAGGUAAAAGUAAAAUGUCCAAAGCAGAUGUAGAGAAAGUGGUUAAAAAAGUUAUCGAGGAUAAAAUGGACAUCAAAGGAGCCUAUGCCAAACCAACAAUCAAGGAUUUGUUAUGGAUACAACUUUUAAUAAGCCCUUACACCAUUUUCAUGUACAUAUUUUGGUAUGUUUCUUGGAUUUGGAGACAUAGCAUUCUUAGACAACCUUUCUCAGAAGAGGAAAAGCUCUAUAUAAUCAGAAAAUAUUUGAAAAUGGGCCAACAUCAAUUUGAUAGUCAAGAAGAUCAUAAAAUUCAGGAGUACUUGAAUAAGGAGCUCUGGGUUAGGGGAAAUUUUGAUAAAUGGUUCAAAGAAGAAGAAGAAAAUGCCAAAAAACUGUUAGCUGAAAACAAUCGUUAUAAACAAUAUAGAAGAUACCUUAAGAAUCAUGGAGUAAGCAGAAUGACUUUUGAUGAUUCUUGAAGAUGUUUAUUAUUUAUUUUAAUUUUAUUUUUGCGAUUCAAUAUACACCUUCAUUACUGGAAAA